UCUAUUAAAUACAAGUUUCAUCUGUACAUCGUGUAGUAAGUGAAUUUCAAAGAUGCAGCGUUUAUUGCUUUUUGCUGUUAUAUUAUAUGUUACCGAUGUUAACACUUUGCAGAGAAAAAAUUUCAAAGUUGGUCAAUGUACACUGCAGGGAGAACGUAAAUAUUCUCCGGAAUCAAGUUUAUGUUCAAGCUCCACGAAGUUAAGAAAUGCUUUAACAGAUCCUGCUCGUCUAUGGGAUAAUGGACGAGUACCAUAUGUAUUUAAUGGAACUUUUACAGACCGUGAGAGAAGAAUUAUGAAAAAAGUUAUGGACCUCUACAAAUAUUACACAUGCAUUGAAUUUGUACCCAAAACAGAAAAUGACAGAUUUUAUGUAAGAAUUAUCAAUGAGGUUGAUAAAUGCUGUUCUGAAGUUGGUAAGGUUAUUAGUGGUAGUCCUAACAUAGUAGAGCUAGGUCCAAGUUGUUUUCAAGAAGAAGCUGGAGCUAUAAUACAUGAAUUUAUGCACCUUAUUGGAUUUCAUCAUGAACAUAGCAGGUCUGAUAGAAACCGUUAUAUUAAGCUUAUUCCGGCAAACAUGGAUCCAGAGUUUUCAAAAGAAUUUGAAAGAAAGUUUGGCGAUACGUUCAAUCUUCCCUACGACUACGAUUCAGUCAUGCACUAUGGUACUUAUCAUGGCGCUAUCCAUUAUCCCCUGGAGAGCUUUUCUGUAAACGAUGCUAGUGUGAUGAAGUCCCGUUUGGGACAGAUAUGUGGAUUUAGUAAACUUGACAUAACAAAAAUAAAUAUCUUGUAUAAGUGCCCGCAGAAGACUGCCCAACUAAACCUCCAAGAUGAUCUUCUUUACGGGGUGGAUAUAUCAACUGCAGGAGAAGUCAAAUAUUUUAUAGAGAACUGUCUUACAUGCUGAGAACUAAUUUUUUGAUACUGGUUAAAGGACCUACUCUUCACAACCCAAUAUAUCCCCAUAACGCUCGAGCAUCUGCAAAAUAAAAAAUUUUCAUCCUCUACUAUUAAUUCGUUUUAUUGUUCUUUUUUAAACGUUGGUGUUUAUAACAGUUUUAUAAAUACUAUUGCUAUUUAUAGAUGUAAUUUAAUACGAUUGAUGUUUUAACGCUUUUUGUACUAUUAAAAAUCGAUUGCAAAA